AUGAACGAAUCGAGCAUAACCGUCGAGCGGAAGGGAGCAGACGAAAAAAUGGAUGAUAAUGAAAAUUAUAUCGAGUGCUCAAAGAUGAACUUUUCGCAGUUCGCUAAUCCGUUUGCUGGUUCCAAUCAGUUUGCGGCUGGCAAGUUUCCCCAAAAUCUUUCCACAUCGGCAUCUAAUGGACAGGUUCUUGGAUUAGUAUCCGGUGGUGAAGGAGCCAUGCAGUUUUUACGACCAAUGGACGGAACGGCAGUCAGUACGGCAUCCGCGAUGUUUCAGCAGCAGCAGUCCGGUCAGCAUGGUCAGGUCGUAACGGCAACCGGUAUACCACACCCUGCAAUGGCAUCGCCUGCGUACAUCACGCUUCCAAUCACCAUGCCCGGUGCGAAGCCGGGCGACGCACAACAAACCGUACAAAUACAGGUGUUGAACCCAAAUCCUAUGCCGUCGCAAAUGGGUACAGGGGCGAACGGGCAAGGUCAAGCGGGUUCGGCUCCGCCAGGGGCACUUUCGACACCCAAAUUUCAGAUGGGACAAAUGCAAAUACCUAUCCAGGGGUUUCAGCAAGGAACGACUGUACUGACGGUGGCCUACAGCCCCCAGGACGAGGAGAUGCUACAUAAUCAAGGCCUCCCCGAGGGCAUGACGAUUGUGGCUGCCCUGCAACCGCAGGAUUUGCAAUUGCUAGCCGCGCAAAAUCCAGGUACCACCACAAUUCUUCAGCAGCAACAGCAACAACAGUCCAACCUGUCUGCAACAAGUGCUGCAACUACAGGUGGAGUGAAGAUAGAUAGCGAAAAUCCUCCCCCGUUGCGACAAAUUAAGCAAGAAUCUCCGACGCUCUGGAACCAACCGUCGCUCGUUCCAACCUCCAUACAUUCGAAUAGCGAUCUUACGGAAAUUAUCCAUCAGCAACAGCACCACCAGCAGCAGCAACAACAGCAACUACGACCAACGCAAAAUCUCAACCUACAGCCAUACCUAAAGUUUAACAGCAGUAACAACAGUGCUGCCAAUCCCUCGUUAACGACGCUCAUGAACGGCAGCCAUCACCUCUCGCACUUGGUGCUUCCGUCGGGUGUUGCAAUAGCUCCUGUCGGGAUCAUCAAGCAGGAAGUGACGGACGAACAUUCGAACGAGAACACACAGUACGGGCCGGCGGACAGCUCGAGCCAGAUGGAGAACGGUGCCAAUGGCUCGCCGGAUGGUGGCAGCGUGGGGGUAGGAUGUGUCGACGGUGCAGAUAACAAAAGUGGCAAGGGCAUGAACGAGGGUGACAAUGGGACAGACGGCGCAACGGCCAGCGGGAAAGCGCGGAAGAAACGCAAGUACAAAACGAAACUACCGAAGCCCAAGAGACAAAAACCGGGACAAGUGCACAUUGCAACGGCCAUCGAUGGGACGGUGCUCUUCUGCUGCCCGGAAUGUCAUAUGGCUUACCCGGAGAAGGAAUGCCUGGAGCAGCACUUGGUGGUGCAUAAGAUCGAACGACGGUUUAUAUGUGAUAUCUGUGGGGCUGGGUUGAAGCGCAAGGAACAUCUCGAACGACACAAGCUCGGCCACAAUCCCGAGCGACCAUUUAUUUGUAAUGUGUGCGAAAAAGGUUUCAAGCGGAAGGAGCAUCUUAAUCUGCAUUAUGUCAUACACAGCGGUGUCAAGACGGAGAUCUGUAACGAUUGCGGGAAGGGUUUUUACCGGAAAGACCACCUUCGGAAACACAUUAAAUCUCACCUCACGAAGCGGUUAAAAGAGGAGAAAGCUUCCAGUCGCAACAAUAACAACAACAACAACAACAACAGCAUUAACAACAAUCGAAACGCAAGCAGCGGUUCAAUCCCGACGUCUAUUACCAACGGGAUGCCUAGCACAUCGAUAGCGACGUUAGCGACUGGAAUCCCUCCUGGAUUGACCAUUACUACGACGAGUGCAAAUAUGCACAGUGGAGAUGAUGCCGACGGUAACUGUGUGCAGUCCACGGUCAGCCAGAAUCUGCUCCAAAGUGCAAUAAGUCAGCCGCAGGGUGUAACGAUACAUAUACCAACGGCUGACAACCAAACGCUACCGGUACAAAUUUCCCUACCCAAUCUGGUGGCACAGCAGCAGACCGACAAUGACGGUAGUACAAGAACGGUUUUAGUGUCGAAUUCACCGGAGAAUUUGCAUCACCUGCACCUCCCUACUAGCAGCAGCAGUAACAACAGUAUCACCACCUCCACUACCACCGUCAAUAGUAGCACGGCCGUUGUAGCAUCGACGGUGGCAUUAUAA